AUGUUCAAACAGUCUACUCGUCCAGAAGAGUCAGAGUCUCGUCAGCCCCUUCUCGAUGACCCCGCACCCCACACCCUAUUCACGGCAGGAGACGACUCGGACGAUGACCUGGAAGGCACUAGCGCCCUCAUCACCCCAAAAACCGCCAGAGGGUCCCACAACGUCUCCUUCAAAGAAGAGGUCCAGCUCAUUCCACCCCCGCUCCGUUCAACAACUUCUAGCCGCGAAAUACGCACGUCUUUCCAAUUCGAGCAGGACUCUGACGAACUCGACGACGACUCCGUGACCGAGCUGAACCGCUCUCGAAUCGGCCCAAAUGGCGUCCACGACCGCCGCAUGCCGCUGCUCGUCGGCCUCUUCGACUCAUCCGCCUCUCGGCGCAGUCUAGACGCAUCCCUCCCUCUCCACAGCGCCAACGCGAACGGCAUCGUCACCAUUGGCGAAGACACCGUCGACCUCGACGAGCUAGCCGCUAAACGCACCGCAGGUGGCGGACUCAUCGACUCUGUAGCGAACAUGGCCAACUCUAUUCUCGGUGCAGAGCCCUCGAGGCCAGGUUUACCCUACGCCAUUCGCCAAGCUGGCUUCUUUGCCGGUCUCACGCUGCUCAUCGCCCUUUCUGUGGUCACAGACUGGACAAUUCGCCUCAUCGUCAUCAACGCCAAACUCAGUGGUGGGCACUCCUACAUCGAUAUCAUGUCCCAUUGUUUUGGCUCCAGCGGACGAGCCGCUGUAUCUUUCUUCCAGUUUGCCUUUGCCUUUGGAGGCAAGUCCCUUUCAAGUGCUGCCAACUCACUAAACUCACUAACCCUUCCUCCAGGCAUGUGCGCAUUCGGUAUUAUCAUCGGCGAUACCAUCCCGCAGGUGCUACGCUUUGUCUUCCCAACGCUCCAAACGAUACCCGUCCUCAAAUUAUUUGCCAACCGACAAUUCAUCAUUGCAUUUUGUACCAUAUGUUUCUCAUAUCCGUUAUCGCUUUAUCGAGACAUCCACAAGUUAGCACGCGCGUCUGGCCUGGCGCUGGUGGGCAUGCUCAUCAUUGUCUGCUCGGUCUUCAUAGAAGGCCCUCAUGUCCCACAGGAGCUGAAGGGCAGCCAGGAGGGCAAAUUCUCCAUCAUUGAGCCGGGCAUAUUCCAAGCUAUUGGUGUCAUCAGCUUUGCUUUCGUCGCUCUGAUAACCUGCGAUCUCGGUGUCAUGCUCGAAAUCACCGGCGGGGUCUCUGCAACGACACUCGCGUUCAUUUUCCCCGCCGCAUGUUACAUCAAGCUCGUGGAUAAAAGGCUGCCUUGGCAUAGUCGGACAAAACUGCCUGCCGUCCUAUGUGUCCUGUUCGGAAUUGUCGUCAUGGCCAUUUCGCUCUUCCUUGCGCUAGCUAAAUCAUGGACUCCAGAAGGAUCGGCAAAGAUUUGCGUAUAA